AUGGACGACACAUUCAAGUCGUUAGUGAGCGGACUGCUGAAGACGUCAGUCACCGACCAGUCAUUUGAGUCGAUGACCACUCGUGAGAACCAAAUCAAGCAGUUGUUGAGACACAGGAAGUGUCCUAAAGAGGGUUGGGAUGAGUCGACCAUCGAGUUGUUGGUCAACCGGUUGUCACUGAUGGACAGCAAUAACUUUGUCCACAAUUACGGUUUGGGUGAACGAGAGGCCAGAUUUGCCUCACAGUUGGUCUCACGAAGACAUUACCGGUUGGGUCACGGAAUCGGUCGAUCCGGUGAUAUCUGCGAACUACAGCCCAAAGCCAUCGGUUCCAGUCUUCUCAAUGUCUUAACCAAUAGUCUAGUGCUGGAUGUGAUCCAAUCGGUUGGCGUUCCCAACACUCGGUCCUGUUUUGUGGUGCCGAUGGCCACCGGCAUGAGUCUCACGCUCUGCCUCUUGACCUUAAGACACGUCCGACCGAACGCACGGUUUGUCAUUUGGUCCCGAAUUGACCAGAAGUCAUGCUUUAAGUGCAUUCUCACCGCCGGAUUCAUUCCCGUCAUUAUCGACACCCAAAUGAACGACAAUAAGUCACUCGACACUGAUUUCAAGACCAUUGAGGCGAAGGUGAAAGAGUUGGGAAACGAGAAGAUUGUCUGCAUUUUGUCGACCACUUCCUGUUUUGCUCCGCGAAAUGCCGACGACUUGUCGUCGAUAUCGAAGUUAUGUUUACAGGAAUCCAUUCCUCAUAUUGUGAACAACGCCUACGGAAUACAGUCUUCAAAAUGUAUGCAUUUAUUGGAAACGUCCUCAAGAGUGGGACGAAUCGAUGCCUUCAUUCAGAGCACAGACAAGAACUUUAUGGUUCCGGUCGGAGGAUCUAUAAUCGCCGGCUUUGACACCGAUUUCCUCAAUCAAAUCAGUAGUACUUAUGCGGGUCGUGGAGCCAGUACUCCAUCACUGGAUGUGUUAAUGACUUUAUUACAUUUGGGAAUCAAUGGAUAUAAAGCUUUACUUAAUGAGCGCAAAGAGAACUACAAUUAUCUUAAGGAACAAAUGAAGACAAUUGCCAACGAAUUCAAUGUCAAUGUUAUCGACAAUAAAUCAAAUCAGAUAUCGAUUGCAAUGACUCUUAAUAUGUUUGACAACUCAUCGAUCGAUACGACAGAAUUGGGUUCAAUGCUAUUCAAGAGGUCUAUAUCCGGAGCACGAGUUGUGGCCAUCGAUGACAAGAGGAAGACUAUUGGCAAAUAUGAGUUCAAGAACUGGGGCUCUCAUACCGAUUCUUAUAGUGAUUCUUACAUAACAGCCGCCGCAGCCAUUGAAACACACGUCAAAAAAGAUGUGUCCGAUGUUUAUAACAUAUAUACCACACAAGCAUUCUUCGUGCAAAUAACUACCGAUGCUCUGAGCAAGUCUUUAGCACCGGGAGAUGCCAUUGAAUUCAUACCAUCGAUACUAGGAAUGCCUGAUUUGCCAGUUUGGAUGCAUUACAAGCAACUCAAUAGCAGUCAUGCGGCAUACCUCUACGGCUCGCCGGCGCUCAACGACGAUCAGGACAUCGAUAUUGAAGUGAUUGCUAUUAAUCAAUACAAUUACGAGACAUCCAAAGACGUCAUGAAGUUUCGUGUCAUUCAGAGAGAAAGUAUG